AUGUUGAAUAUUAUAAACUCAUCAUCAAUCAUACAUUAUUUUGUUCUUGGAACAUCAAAUUCUUCAACAACUGCUAUUUGGAUUGUUAACGAACAAAAUUCAACACCAUCAAAUAUUGAUGUGUAUCAAGCUUCGAUUCGAACAAUGUGGUAUCGUUUUCUAUUAAUUAUUAUCAUAUUUGUGACUGCUGCCGGUAACGUUCUAGUUUGUUUGGCAAUAGCACGAGAACGAAAAUUACAAAAUACAACUAAUUAUUUUCUUAUGUCAUUAGCUAUUGCUGAUUGUCUUGUUGCUAUACUUGUCAUGCCCAUGGGAAUGAUUGCUGAAAUCAUAGGACAUUUUCCAUUGCCACAUUAUGCAUGUAUUAUAUUUGCUACAAUGGAUGUAUUAUGUUGUACAUCAUCGAUAUGGCAUAUGAGUACGAUGUCGAUGGAUCGAUAUUUUACAAUUCGUUUUCCAUUUCGUUAUGGUAGAAAUAAAACUCGUCGUAUUAUGUUACUUAAAAUAGUUGCUGUAUGGGCAAUAAGUACUGCUGUUUCAUCUCCAGUAUUUGUUUUAGGAAUUGUUGAUAAACAAAAUGUUUUAUCAAAUGGUGUAUGUGCACCAAAUAAUGAGUCAUUUAAAUUAUAUGGAUCAAUUUUUGCUUUUUAUAUUCCAUUUAUAAUUAUGAUCACUACAUAUGCAUUAACAAUGCGUUCAUUACGAAAUGUUUUAGUUAAUAAAAGAAAAUAUAAUCGUGAAAGACGUUUAAAACAAACAUUUCGACCAUUAGCACAAAUCAUUAAUCAAUAUGCAGAAAUAGCUCAAAAUAUUCGACGUUCAUCAACAGCACAUAAUCAAACAGUAAAUUUAGUUUCAAAUAAUAAUACAAAUUCAGUUUUAAAUAAAACACCAUAUACAAUAAUAACAUCAACAACAACAUCGCCUACACAAUUUCAUCCAUCAAAUAAUUCUGAUAUGAAUUUAAUACAAGAUUCUAAUAAUAUUCAAUAUGGUUCAAUAAAAUUAUCAAGUGGAACAAAUAUGAACAAUGAACAUAUUCAUCAUAAUAAUCAACAUUUAACUAUAAGUUAUAUUAAAUCAAGUGGAAGUAAAAAACGACGUGCUCAUCAACAACAAACAUUAACAAUGAAUACAGGAUUAAAUCGUACGAAAAAUGAUUGUGAUAUGAGUACAGUUUAUGAAAUAAGUGAAUAUUCAAAAUCAACGUCAGAUUCCUAUGAAUCUACAUUAAUCACUAAUAAUAGUACACAUCGAAGGUCAAUUGUAACUAUCGAAGAACAACACCAAUCAUCAAAUAGGAUAGAUAAUAUAGAGCAAGAACAAAAACAACAACAAACUUCUCCAAUAACAACAUCAACUAUCAAUAGUAUAUCACCGGUGAAAGAAGAAGAUGCGAGUUCGAUGACAGAUAUUGAUAGUGGAACUGAAGGACAUGAAUCAACUUAUAUGCAAAUAGUUCCUUCAACAUCGAUUCAUUCUUCUAUACCACCUUCACAUAGUGAAUCAAUUUCUCUUGAAAAUUCAAUACAAUUUUAUUUUCCUCUAAUACAAUAUAUUCUUCAAUAUUAUAUUUUUAUUUUUCCAUAUCGAUCAUAUCCUUUAUCGAUAAAAUCAUCAUUAAAUACAGAUCAAUGUAAUUCGAAACCGGUUUAUCUAAAUCAAUCAACAUCAAUAUCAUCAAUGAAAAUUUCUCGAACAGUUUCAACACAAACAAAUUCUGUUCCACCAUUAGAUUUAACUAAUAUACAUUUAACGAAUACAAAUGAAAUAUAUUCAUAUUCACCAGUAAAACGACGAAAAUUUCCAGUAUUAACAACAUCAUCAUUAUUUACAAAUUUUUUUCGUCAUUCACCACGAACAAUUUUACAUUCACGUCAAAAUUCAAAUAAAUCAUCAACAUCAUUGAAUCCACAUUCAUCAGCAGCCUCUUCAUCAUGUCCAUUACGUCAACAACGUCCAGCACAUUAUCAUUCAUCUACUGUUUUUCGUCAAAUUGAAUCGGAAAUGGAUCAUGUUUUAGCUAAUGAACAUCGUCCUCGUGCAUCAUCCUCAUCAUCAUCAACAGCACAUUUACAUACAACAUAUCGUCAAGGUAGUCAAAUAUCAUCACAUUGGCAUAGACCAUUACGACGUCGUCAACCACAUCAAUCUCGUUCAUCCUAUUUUAUAACAAAUCCACAUCCACAUAGUUUUCGUCAACAACAAUAUACAGUAACAUCAACAACAAAUACAAAUACAAAUUCAUCUGAUUCAUCAUCUGUUUUUCAUCGAUUUAAUCCAAGAGUUUUUUCUUCAUCAACACAUUCUCAACAAUCACCAUCACAACGUUUAAAUGAUGAGCAUAUUGUUGCAGCAAAUGAACGAAAAGCUCUACGAGUUUUAAUGAUUAUAUUUUGUGUAUUUGUUACAUUAUGGACACCAUUUUUUAUAUGUACAUUUAUAUCAGCUAUAUGUGACGACUGUCGUGAACGUAUAUCAUCAACUAUAUGGUUUUCAAUAACAUGGCUUGGUUAUAGUUCAUCAAUGGCUAAUCCAUUUAUUUAUACAAUAUUUAGUGAUGUUUUUCGACGUGCAUUUACAAAUAUACUUUGUUGUCGACCGAGUGAUUCAUUAUUUCCAAGACAAUUUUCAACAAAAUUAUCACAUCCAAAAGGUGCUGUUCCUCAUCAAUUUCAUCAUCAAUUAUCCUAUAGACGAAGUCCAAAUCAUGAACAUUCAGGAACAUCAACACCAAUACAAUUAAAUCAUCCAAUACCGAUUAGCGAUAAUGAUGGAACUGUUUAUAUUAAUCGAUGUGUAUCGGAUUCAUUUCGAUAA